AUGGCGCCCGCGUCGCUCACUGCUACUGCAGCCGCGACGAUCCUCGAGCACCUCCACAACCAGCCACUGAUCAAAACAGGUCCAGCAGACCGCCACCAAGCGCCACUCGGCACAGAUGUGGAGCGGACCGCUGAGCACCUCGCACUAGAGCUACUGCGGCACCACAAGCGCUGGCGCGGAUCAGAGUUCGUCACGGAAAAAGGUAGAGUCGAAAAGGAUCCGCUGAAAAUCGCACGCUCCGCGGGCAACUACCCGGAACUAUUCUCUUUCGCGUGCUGCUUCCUGGAUCCUGCCGCCAUGGUAAGCUUGGCAGUGCCUCCAAACAGCCAUCCGAACUACGACAUCAGGCUGCUGACCAUAAUGUAUGAUUGGCAACAAGGGACAUGCGGCAGCAGGAGGAAACAGCCGAUAGAUCUCUGGCGACCACAGCAGUUCGUGCUCGACAUCAGUUUUCUACCUCCAGCCUUGCUGCCCGAGAACGACGACUCCGACGUGGACGAGGACUAUGUGCCGCCCCUGCCCUGCUCCUACGCAAAGCUGCGGGUACAUGGCACCGUCCUGCCGCCGGUCUGGCGCUCCAUGAGCGCCGUGUGCAAGAACUGGGACGCAGCCGUCUUCGCGGUUCGCAGUGCGAGCGGCUGGAGCAGCGUCUGCGGCAAGCCGCGCCCGCGUGGCCAACGCAGCAUGUGCGAGUUCAUGCUAACGGCCAAACGCAGGCGAGUGGCCGACGCUCGAGACCCACACUGCUUCAACUGCCGACCCAAAGUGGCUGCAACGACAAACUCAGCCACAGACACAGACACCGAUGCAGAGAACCACGGACAAAGCGACGCAAGUCAAGACCAGACUUGA